UAUAUCUGCUUAACAAAAAAAAAAAAUAAAUAAAAAAAAAUUUAUCAAUGAUAAUGGGUGUGGAAUGCAUUUUAAUCUAAAGUUCCCAGUACAUGUUUUAUCAUUAGCGACAUGGAUAUUAACAGGAAGGCGUACUGCAAGAAAGUGAAGGAAGCACUGGCGACGAUGGAGUACGGAGAGAAAUCUUACUCGAUCAAGGAGGCUGAAGAAUUCCUGCUGAACUACGAGCCGCACAUGUUCAAAGUGUCCGAUCCGCCGGGCGAGCAAAACGAAUUCGAAAUCGUCGAUUUCGAACCGAGGGAACAUGAGGAAAUCGGAGACUUUCAUGGAUGGAAAUUCGAUGUGAUUAGAUUCGCGGAGGAAAUUAAAAAGUCGACCGAGCUGAUCGUCCAACUCGAGCUGCUGCUUCGCGACAUCCCGCCGAAGGACACCAGACAGAGUCUGUCCGUGAUGCAGGAUUUCCACUGCAAUUUCGGUUUCAGAAAGCAUCGUUUCCUGCAAAACAGCGGCGAAUUCUAUUUUCGCAAGCACGAUUCGCUCGUGAAUCUCGCGUUCCGCUUGGUCUGGCUUGGCAAUAAGAGCGUGAAGGUGCUGCUGGCAAAGGAAUGCGCCUACGUCUUCGACCUGCUUCUCGAUCUGGCGCUAAAGUCCGGAGCUACCGGAUGGAUAUUCGAUGUGGAAUUUUAUUACGGCGACGGCGACGACAGACGGCAGGACAAGGCGCCGAUGAUCGUCUUCAACAAUGCGGACAUCCUCUCCGCAUGUUACAGUUGCGUCGACGCGACUUGGGCGCAUCAGGGCUUGCUUCCUUGGUCCGUCGGCACCGUCCUCGUGCAGGACGAUGUCUUGGACGAGUUCACGAGGGAGCUGAAGCGGAUACUGACGAAGAUCAAGAUGGGCUUCGCGUACGAUUGCCAAGCGCAGGUGAACUUUCCGAUUUCGAUCAAGAAUUACCAGGGGAAAUUCAAGAAGUGCCUGAAGGAUGCACGCGAUCUCGGCAUAGAGGUGUUCGCGCCUGGUUCUCUGGGUGGCAGCUUCGCGCCGGCUCUGCUCAUCGGUGGUCGCGUCUACGGGAAUUCCGUCAUGCCCGAGCACAUGACGGACGGCGUUGAUGUUUCCACCAUACCGAUCUUGACCGUGCUGGGUUUCCGCGACGCGAAGGAAGCCGUCGCGCUCGCCAACAAUUGUCGCAACGAGGUGGCCAUCAGCGUUUGGACGGAGAAGAUCGGCCUCGCCAACGAAGUCGCCAUGCAAUUAGACUGCUCGACCGUUUGGGUGAAUUGCUUCAACAAACUGACGCCCGAGAUGCAAUGGCCUCUGAACCGCUGGGAAUACUUUCAGCCCAGAUCCGUGUGUUUAGAUUUCGCACUGAAUCUAUUUGCGAAGAAUCCCACCGACUGGCCCAAAUUGUCGUCCGUAGAACGGUGCCGACGAUUGUACAAAUUCGCCUCGGAUGGUAGCAAUAAAGGAUUCAAAUCGGAGAUAAUCGAGAGCGUAUUGAGGGCGUCGUCGAAAUGCGACGAUUUCGACUCGAUGAGCUCGGCGGCGAUAAGGCACGGCGGCAAGUACACGGUUUCAACGUACGCGGAGGCCGUCGGCGUCGUCGUCAUCCAUCUGCGACACGAGACCGAGGAUCUCAUCGAGGCUGCAAUGAACAUCAUCGCCCAAGGCAACCGGAUAAUUGUCGUUUACCAUUCGGACGUCGAUGACUCGCUGUUGCGCAAGUUCAGCGAAUUGAUGCCGAACAUCUUCAACAUUUGCAACGCCAGAAGCGACGUCGACAGCUGCAGUUUCGGUGAUCAGAUUGCCAUCAAGUACGAUAACGGCAGAGUCAUCUGGCAGAACAUCAACAAGAAACUGUACUUUUUGAAAACCAAAACCGUUUGGCAAAGUAUCGGCGAUACCUAUUGCUGCUAAUUCAAUCAUUAUUAUUAAAUAUUAUUACCAACUACAACU